AUGUGGGCAUUCAAAUGUACGGGUAUGUGCAACAAAAAUACGUGCAAUUUCAAAUUACUACUCAGCAGAUUAAAUGUGGACAAUAUUCGCAUCGAACCGGUCGAUAUCAAUGCACCGGACGCGAGCAUUGUGGAAUUUCAUCCUGUGCGGUUUCACUGCAGCCCAGGACGACGAAAUCCAAGAGACACAGAAUUGAACUAUAUAUGGACCAUUUCUCCGAAAAAUUCUGGUGCCAAUCCCGCACGUCGUUUGAGUCCGGACAGCGUCACAUCAAUCAUCAAACGACCGGAUGUACGCUCAAUCCCACGUGGGUCGCCUAUCACCCCGCGAGCAUUUGAUCAUAGUGGCGCUUGGUUUGAAUUGCUACCCACCCGGGAAACAAAUGGAAGGGUAUUGAGCUGCACUGUACAAAGUCGUCUACCAGCACACUACAGUGUCAAUCAAGGCAAUCAAAUAACCGGAUCAAACGGCAUUGAGAUACAAAAAGAACAAACAAAUGCCACAUCCUCGGCGGUAAAUGUGGUCUCCUCUACGGGAACUUUUACGAUGAAUGUUGUAUGUAAGUCCGCUUUUUUGAGAGCCUUUUCAAAUACAAAUAACUUCUGUUUAGAUGAAAUUAAAUGA